CGUCGAACCUUCUUGCGGGGUUACUGGGCAACGUUCGUGACAGCUAUAAGUUUGCGACAUCUACUACUUCGGGCGGACUAGGGGUGGAGCGGGCUGCUCUUGUCGGAGCUGGUACAACUAACGUCAAUGACCGCAAUGCUGCGUCUUCAUUCUUGUCUGAUGAUCAGCUGAUGAACAACUCAAAUUCGUCUUUCACCAACGCACGGCUGGUCGGAAUCGAUUCUAUCGGGUUUUCGAAAUCUAUCUCCACCAGCACCCAGCAGAAAGUAGAGGUGACAGACGUCGAACAAGAAGAACCAGAAGCACAUUUGGCGAACCUCUCGUCUGAAGUCCUGAACGGCAGCACAGUCGUCAUCAACGGUGUCGAUUUGAGCACGGGGCGCAUCGCACCGCCACCCGAGCCGGUUGCUCUUUCAACAAAUGAUAUAUUUGC